UCGAGUUAUUUCGAAUUGAGUGACUUCGACCAUUGCCAUUCGAUUAUCACUGUCAGUUAUUUGGCGUUGCAGAUUAUAAAUGCUGAGCCACUGUAGAGGUGCUUGCCGUUCGCUCUCACGAGCAACCAUGAUCCCUGUUGUGCUACUCCUAGCGUUUGGCUUUGUGAGUGCGAUUUCCGAAAUUGAUAUUGACUGCUUGAGGGGAAGAUAUAAUAACGCCUGGGAGGCAAUCGAAGGACCUAGCUAUGGCGUCUUUUUCCUCCGGAGGACAACGCGAAAUGAACCCAAUGAAUGUCCCUUCGUUAGAGUACCAACUGGAAGAAACAAAUCAUCAUACUCUAAGACUGCUACCCUUGCUUAUGGGUACAUCAAGAAAGGAAAGACCGAGGAAACCGUGAAACAGGCACAAGCUAGAGGAGCAUACAUUCUCCUUAAUAAAGAAGCGGCCAAUACAAGCGUGGAAUACUCUGACCCAUCCAUCUGUUACGUUACCAGAGUUCUAGACUGCUCAGGCAGCCGUCCCGGAUUUCACUUCGAACUGUGGCGCCACAGUCAUGCGAGUCACACCUCAGCAUGCUGCUCGCAAGUGUUUAGGAAUCGAACGCAGGGGAAGAAGACCAGGUUCGUAAAGUACGAGGACUACUGUCCGGGCGUCGUCGGAGCACGAAAGAAAAAUGAAUGAAAUAAAAUAACAGAAAUAAAUUUUGGGAAUAAUGUA